AUCAAACAUUAAAGCGAGUCCUCGCCUGCCAGCGGGGAGAUGUUCAGGUUCAAACCCCACACCUCCGGCUCUGCAAAGCGUUGUUCACCAUCAACUUCCUUAACUGUUCCUUUGACAGGCCGGAGCCGCCAGUCCUAAGACAUUUCCAUCAACAUUCCCGAUUAGAGAUCAAGGAAGAGCCCGAGGUCCUUAUCAGGGAUCCGGACUCCGGGGAAAUUCAAGGUCCGGUCCGUCUUGUCACCUGGGGGCGUGGAUACGCUUGCGUGUCCACUCCCUCAGGGGUCAGAUGGAUCCCCAAAAAAUGGGUGAAACCGUAUGUGCCACCGUCCAAGUCUAUCACGCCACAACUUACCGUCCCCUGCGGCCACGUGGAUCCACAAGAUGGCACUUUUGCGCAAAAUCGAAAGCGCCGCAGAUGAAGAGGAAAUCUAAUACCAUCCCUCUGAUUUAUGUCCCCUUCAGAGAUUUUAAGUUAUUCCAUGUAUUUAUAUAAUGUUCUGUUUUCCCUCAGGCAUCCAUCAUGAUUGUUGUCGCCCUCCUCAUCUUCUGGCAGCUCCACCUCAAGGCCUUGGACCGGUCCCUGGUGACCGCGUGGAUCGUUCCACAACCCCGAAAGAACGUCUGGGUGACUCUGGCCCAUGCCCUCAACCAAAGCCAUCUGUGUCUUUCUACACCAGCAGCAGAGAAUCCGAUGUCAACUUGUCUGGUGGGGGUUCCAUCAAAGUGGGCGGAGUUCCCCGACUCCAUUCGAAACAUCCAGAACCAGUUGAACGGGAACAAUCCGCCGAAUCAGUGGGUGGAAAUCUUUCGGUACUGGGGGGUUGUGAACUACGCAAAAACACCAGUAACCAAUCCCCUAGUACUGUGGCGCAAAUGGGUGUACGACCUGCCUUAUGCUGAAGCCGAGCCCCAAGAAUUCGAACUAUUGGGCUCGGCCAAAGCAGACUACUGCGUGCACUUUGACUUCACUCCAUCGUCCCGUGCAAAGCUCUAUGAAAACAUCAAACAACAUAAAUUAGAGUUUAGAGCAUCUACAUGGUGCACGCACGUAGAAAAAAUAGGCGCCCCAUCCACUGAUGAUGGGUACCCCAGAAAGCUGGACAAGGGAGUUUUCCUAAUUUGUGGAGAUAGGGCGUACCCGGGAAUCCCCUCCCGUCUCCUAGGAGGCCCUUGCACCCUGGGGCGUUUGUCCCUGGCGUCACCCAACAUGACUCAAAUUCCAAUUCGGCACGCUAAAAGAAAUUCAAAAAUUGUAAAAAGGGGUGCAGACCAAUUUGAUGAGCAUUGCGACAGCGAAAUUUACCAUUGGGCGAAGUCUAAGAGGAUUGCCGUCUCUGUUUUUCUACCUUGGGUAGCGGCGGCCAAGUCUCUCAGUGAGCUUGGCAACCUCGAGUGUUGGGUGACACGCCAGGCGAAUUUAACUUCUGAAGCCUUGAGUGACCUCCUAGCUGACGAGGAAAUCACCAGACAGGCAACCCUGCAAAACAGGGCUGCUAUUGAUUUCCUGCUGCUGGCACAUGGGCAUGGGUGCCAGGAGUUCGAGGGGUUGUGUUGUUUCAACUUAUCAUCCAGAAGCAAGUCGAUCCACGCAUCCAUUCAGGAAAUAAAAGACCUUAUCGGCACCGUGAAACAAGAAAACGAGGACUGGCUUUCCCUUAUCAAAGACAUUGGGUGUUUUGUCAUUGUUCUUUUUUUAGUAAUGCUGUGCUUUGGAAUCUUGAAAACAGUAAUAACUGCUUCUCUAUUCAAACCUUCCCCAACAUCUAAAAUUGUAGUCGCCGCUGCGACUACCCAGGAAGGUGAUUGGUGGGAAGAUGCCGCACCGAAAGACUCAGAGACCUAAGACGCCAAAGACCUUGUUCUUCCUUAACCCACAUCCUCUUCCUUUUUAAAACAAAAAAGGGGGAGAUGUGGCGUUGUGUGUUUAAAAAACUAUAAGUUGAAGUUGUUGUUAAUUAUUCUUUGUUAGUUUAAACAAUGGUUUGUUCCUUUCCCCCCCGUGUAACCCCUUGUAAUGGUUUGUUCCCGAGUUGUUUUUCCCCGUUCUUCCCGCCACUGGCCUGCCUGUCAAAGUGAGAAGUCCCCUGUUUCUCCCCCUAAGUCCCUAUUUGGUUAUGUCAAUCUCUGUGGUGCUGCCUCCUACCCUUGUCCGUCAUGUUAACCCCCCCUCCUUUUUUCGAGAGACUUCUAUGUCUCUCAUCUGUAACUUAGUUCCUGAUUUGUCCUCGAGGCUUCCUCCCUCCCCCACAUGCUUCUUAUUGGAUCUUUUGUAUUACGUCAGCCUACCUCUACCCUCAACCAUUGGUUCCCUCAUGUUUCCACACCCCACGCCCCCUCACUUUAUAAAGGCUAGCCGAAGCCCUCCUCCUUUGACAUUUGUCCCUGGACCCUCCUUGGAUUAAAGUCUCCUUGGAACCCAUACAAGUGUCCCUUCUUUCUUUCUUUUAUCUCGGGACCUCGUAUCUCACCAUAGCCUGCGUCACCCACGCCGCGGCUGUCACCGCUACCCGGGCAGU